AUUUUGGUAGGAAGGGGAGGGGGGUUGAAUUUGAAAGUGGGAUCGUAAACAAGAUCCCCUCAGGGAGCCAACAUUGACUCGUAUUAUCCAAGGUACUUAUGUAGUGUUAUUAGGAUGUAUAUGUACAUUUUAUUGUUGUUUUCKCAGCCUGGGUAACUUCACUCCCAGCGUCAUGUAUCUACCUUUUUGCACCAUUAAGUACAUUCUGCUGUAACCGGUAUGGCGCACGUAAGACAGUAUGUAUGGGAACAGUCAUCGCUGCUUUCUCUCUCGUGAUGUCAUCCUUUGCAACAAACGUCAAAAUCCUUUACUUUUCUUAUGGCGUCUGUGGAGGAUUGGGAACUAGCCUGCUCUACUAUCCAAAUUUAGUUAUGAUGUCAAAAUACUUCAAAAAGAGGAUCUCCACAGCCAACGGCAUCUCCACAUCCGGAGCAUCAGUUGGUACAUUCAUCUUUUCUCCCGUGAUGCAGAAGUUGUUUACUGGUCUGGGACUUAGUCAUGGUCUUCGUAUUCUUGCUGGUUGCCAUGUGAUCUUGUUUGUACCAGUCUUACUGUACCGUCCAUUCAAGGAAACUCAGCAUGAGGCCGAGGAGACACAGGAAAAWUCCAAAUGGCUUGGGACCGAAGUGUUYAAGAAUCGUAGUUUCAUUGUAUGGCUUGUUGCAGUGUUUCUCUUCCAGCUGAAUUACAUGGUUCCUUAUAUUCAUUUGGUUCGUCUCGGUGAAGAUGUUGGUGCAAGUAAAGUUACAGCAUCAUUACUUAUAAGCAUACUGGCUGGUGGUUCUUUUGUUGGUCGUACSCUAUGUGGUCGUAUAGCUGACCUUCCAUGCUGUAACCGUCUGCGAAUCAUUCAAAGUGCUCUGCUUUGCAUUGCCGUGUCUACUAUACUAGUGGCGUUCGCUCCUGAGUUUGUGUGGGUGGCUGUGUAUGCUGCGGUGUUUGGAAUAUGUGAAGGUGUAUACAUCAUGGUAUUUAUGGUCAUUACUCGAGAUAUUGUUGGUGGUAAAUAUUUUGCCUUCGCCCUGGGCGUGGCCUACUGUCUCCUCUCAGUCCCUAAAACCCUUGGGCCUCUUCUAGCAGGACUGUUGUUUGACAUGUCACAGAAUUAUGUGUUACCAUUUACGUUGAUGGGAGCCUUAACUGUAAUCUCGUUGCUGUUGAUAUUCUUUGUUGGCAACAAGAGAUCGUCGAAAUCCUUCUGCUGUUUCUCCAAAAGUGAAGAUGAAAAAGAUGAAGUUGAUUUGGAAAUAAGAGAAGAGUUGGCCCUGGCCCUGCCGUUUUGCAAAGAGUCAACAGUGUAAGAUUGGACGCAGUACACACGUGAAAUCGAUUCCAUAGACUAUGACUCUUCGAGUACUAUGACUCUAGUACGUUCUAGUCUAUGCACGCGCGUUCAAGUAGAAUUUUUUUCGAAAGUUGAACGUACCUCAAUGCACUUGGCUUGCUAGUAUUUUAGAAGCCUYAUGACAAACAUCAUGCAAGAAAUAUCCCAGUGAUUCGAUUGGUUAGGAGGUAGCUUAGCAACUGUUGCUAAAGUACACUCACGCUACAAACUGAUCAUCGGCCAUGUAAGAGAGAAAAACUCUGUAAUUUGACUGUAUCAAAGCAACUUUUCUGUGGUUGCUAUAGGUUUGAUUACCACCGAAGACAUUAUGACUUAUCAACUUUGUACAACUGCAAAGUUAGUAAUAAACAUAUCUAUGCUGCGCUUCUUCAAAUGCAGUUGUUGUCCAGUGAUUAUAGCAUCAUCAUGAAAUCAUUUUGCUUUAGCKUAGUUUCUUGUGAUCAUUCGCAUUUUUCCUAUAGUGGACACGCCCUCGACUGAUAUAUAUGCGAAAAWCUUAUUUGAUUGAAUUGAAUGUGCAUUAAACUAUAUUAACUAUA